CGUCUUUCCGGGAGGCAAUGAAGUACCCCCCAUUGGCAAGCUGCGAUGUGCGCCGAGAUUGCGGCGCUGGAAGCAAAUGGUACGUGGUCGUUAGCUAUGCCACCUCAUGGCAAGCGUAUUGUCGACUGUAAAUGGGUCUUCAAGGUCAAGUUCAAACCGGACGGGUCAGUCGAGCGUUAUAAAGAUUGUCUCAUUGCCAAAGGUUUCACUCAGGUUGAAGGCAUCGACUAUCAUGACACUUAUGCUUCUUUCGCCAAGCUAGUCACCGUCCGCCGUUUGAUCGCCCUUGCAGUUAGUCAAAACUGGUUUCUUCAUCAGCUUGAUGUCAAUAAUGCGUUUUUGCAUGGGGAUCUUCAGGAAGAAGUUUACAUGAGGGUUCCACAAGGUUUUGUGGCACCUGGUGACUCUCGGGUUUGUCAUCUUCAUAAAUCUAUCUAUGGUCUUCGACAGGCAUCCAGAAAUUGGUAUCAGAAGUUUUCCCGUGCCUUGUUGGCUUUCGAGUUCAAACAAAGUCGCGCCGACCAUUCACUGUUCAUUCAUCGCAAAGGUGUAAGCUUUGUUGCUGCUUUAAUAUAUGUUGACAAUGUUAUUCUUGCUGGGAACGAUGCUGAGUUCAUUCAACGUGUCAAGGAUUAUCUCCAUGAUCAGUUUACUAUCAAGGAUUUAGGGUCUUUGAAUAUUUCCUUGGUAUUGAGGUUGCACGUUCUCACAAAGGCAUAAUAUUCAACCAGCGUAAGUACGUGUUGGAUAUCCUGGCAGAUUGUGACCUGGAAGCCACUCGGCCGUGUGUCACACCUAUCGAGCAAGGCCAUCAAAAAGAUCGUCUGCCCUCUGAUCCGACAUCAGAUCCUUCUAGCUAUCGGCAUCUUGUUGGCCGACUCUUGUACCUGACAGUUACCCGUCCUGACAUUCAGUAUGCCGUGAACAUUCUGAGUUAGGAAGUACAUGCCCCCACACAAGCUCAUGUGGAGGCUGUUGUUCGAGUUCUCCAGUACCUUAAACAGUCUCCGGGCCGUGGUUUGUUCUUCCCGACAGGCGAGUCUUUGUCUCUCACCGCUUAUUGCGAUGCUGACUGGGCUGGUUGUCCACCACCCAUCGCUCCACGACUGGCUACUUUAUUCGACUUGGUGGUGCCCCCAUUUCCUAGCGUAUUAAGAAAUAGUCAGUUGUUGCACGCUCCUCUGCUGAGGCCAAGUACCGUGCCAUGGCUGUCCCUGUCAGUGAGCUCAUUUGGUUGCUGUGGCUCUUGGCCGAACUUGGCCACCACUUGCGUGCUCCUACCCCUCUCUUUUGUGAUAAUCAAGCUGCUUUGCACAUCACUGCUAAUCAUGUUUUCCAUGAACGCACCAAGAAUGUUGAAUAUGGAUUGUUAUUUUGUACGGGAACGAGUUCUUGCUGACGAUAUUCUUCCCUCCAAGAUUGCAACGACCGAGCAACCCACAGACAUUUUCACUAAAGGCUUGAGUGUUGAUCAAUUUCAGGAACUUCUUGUCAAGCUCGGUAUGCUUUACAUUCACGCAUUUGCUUGAGGGGGAGUGUAGAAGUGUAGUAAUUCACUACGCGUCGUCGUUUGUAGCUGCUGUCCACAGCUGUCUUGAUGUCCAAGUUAUUGUCGGUUCUCCUUGUCUUAAUAGGGAACUCUUGGCCGAAUUUCACUAGGUCUUGGCCGCCUAGCGUCUUGUAUAAAAGCUUAGCUGCAGGUUCAUUGUAAGCAGCAAGCCGGUCAGUUUAUUACAUCAAUAAUAAAUUGUCAUUAAUCGA